AUGGCAGAACGGCUCCCAACCUCAUCCUCCUCGCGGAGGCGACGCGAAGGCGAUGCUUCCAUCGGGGAUUUUGUGAUUGGAGGUGAAAUCGGCAAGGGCAGCUUUGCCCAGGUUUACAGUGGCUACCAUAAGAGCUCCAAAGCAACGGUGGCGAUUAAGUCGGUGGAAAUGGGCCGGCUCAACAAUAAGCUCAGAGAGAACCUCUAUGGCGAGAUUCAGAUUCUCAAAACCCUUCGUCACCCUCAUAUCGUCGCUCUGCACGACUGCGUCGAAUCGGCCACACACAUAAACCUCGUGAUGGAAUACUGCGAGCUCGGCGACCUGUCUUUGUUCAUUAAGAAGAGGGACAAACUCGGCACCAAUCCUGCAACCCAUGAGAUGGCGAGAAAGUACCCCGUCACCCCUAACUCGGGUCUUCACGAGGUUGUCACCCGCCAUUUUCUCCAGCAGCUUGGCAGUGCCCUGAAGUUCCUGCGCGAGAAGAAUUAUGUGCACAGAGAUGUUAAACCCCAGAACCUUCUCCUUCUGCCAUCGCCAAGGUUCAGGGAAGCGCAUUCCCGCCCGAUUUUAACUGCCAGCCAGGACUCGCUGAUCCCCAAUUCCGGCCUCGCAUCCCUUCCGAUGUUGAAAUUAGCUGACUUCGGCUUCGCUCGCGUCCUUCCAUCAACCUCGCUCGCCGACACUCUCUGCGGAUCGCCCUUGUACAUGGCACCGGAGAUUCUCCGUUAUGAGCGGUACGACGCCAAGGCUGACCUCUGGUCUGUCGGGACGGUCUUGUACGAGAUGAUUACUGGUCGUCCUCCUUUCCGUGCCCGAAACCACGUUGAGCUUUUGCGUAAGAUCGAAGCCGCCGAGGAUAGGGUUAAGUACCCGAAGGAACUUGUGGUCAGUAAAGAGCUGGUCAAGCUCAUCGGCAAACUUCUCACUCGCAACCCUGUUGAGCGCAUGAGAUUCGAAGACUUCUUCAACGACCCAAUCCUGACCGACCCCAUCCCAGGUACGGUUGAGGAUGAUGCCCCUCCUAAGCCGGAGCCAAAAGCAUCCCGAGAUUUGCGAUCUCUCGGACGAUCUGACUCAACAUCGUCUUUGUCGCGCCGCUUAUCUCUUCGUCGACAAGCCGAGAACGAACCUGUUCGUGAGCAAGGAGACGUGGCCAGGUCGCCUCGUGACAGGCCUUUGAGAUCACCGCAAUCGCCUAACCCGAUCGAAGGUCGGGCUCAACUGGCUACAGCCGAUACGGCCACAACACGUACAGAACAGUCGCCAGGGAAAGAGACUGGAGAGGGACUGGGAAUUCGCCGUCCGCCUUUGCCUCAGCCCUCGACAUCUGCGCCCAGUCGGUCGCACAGGCUCUCCAAUGCGUCUCUCAACCGCCCUUCAGCCCGGGCUUCUGCGUCACCGCCCACUUCUUAUCUCAAUGACAACUCACCGAGAAACAAGCUUCGUCCUGUUACGGAGCGAAGCGUUACAGAGCAAGAAAAGGCUGCUCAAGAUGUCGCAUUCGAGCGAGAUUACGUCGUCGUCGAGAAGAAACACGUAGAGGUGAAUGCGUUUGCCGACGAAAUGGCAGCCAACCCGCGCCUGACCUCGUUGUCACCCAAGUCAGGACAGAUGAUCCGUCGAGCAACCCAACAGGGGCCCCCUCAUUCGACGACCGGAGCUGGACGUGUGCAGCCCUCUAACGCUGUUCAAAUUGCACAGGGCAAAGGACGCUCCGGUCAUGAACGUCACGAUUCAUAUGAUGGCAAGAGUUUUUCGGCUAGCCCGACAACCCAGGGAUUUAUCGCAAAGGCCAUAUCUGAUGCCAGCGUCCGUCUGUUUGGAUUCAAGGUUCCUCAGCAUGUGCUAGGUGGUAAAGGGGCGUCUCCGCCUCUCUACAGCCCCUUCCCUGCUUACCCGACGCCAUCGGCCCCUGUUGGUCUCAUCGGUGACGGCAGGCAAAGCGCCCCCGUAGAUGAAGAUGCGCGAGCCGUCAAGCUUAUCCAAGAUUUUGCGCAUCGAAGUGACUGCGUCUACGGGUUUGCCGAGGUCAAGUACAAGCAGUUGUUCCCUCUCGCACCAUCGAUGGAGCAUGGACUUGGCGGUAUGCCUGCGGACCAGAUCACUGGAGACGAGGAUGGACUUACAAUUGACGCUGAGGUCCUCUUAUCGGAAGAGGCGUUGGUUCUCUACGUCAAGGCCCUGACUCUAUUGGCUAGGGCUAUGGACGUUGCAAGUCUAUGGUGGACACGGAAAACGCGUGGUGACUCAGCAGCAUCUGUGGCUGAGGUUUCCAAGGAAGGCCUUGCUCAACGAAUGAACUCGACCGUACAAUGGGUGCGAAGUCGCUUUAACGAAGUAUUGGAGAAGACGGAGGUCGUCCGCCUGAAGCUCAUUGCUGUCCAGCAGAAGCUCCCAGAGGACCACCCCAGCCACCCAAGUAACCAUGGCGGAGAGUCGGUUGGCUCAGCUACGUCAGGCACAAAGGAUGUCUAUCUCACCCCGGGCAUUAGCGCCGAGAAGCUGAUGUACGAUCGAGCCUUGGAAAUGAGCCGAACCGCUGCCAUUGACGAAAUUACGAACGAGAACCUUGAAGGUUGCGUCACCUACUACGUCACAGCCAUUCGUAUGCUUGAAGCUGUCUUGGACAACGACGAGGACACGAUUAAGCGGCGCUACUCGAGCUCGGGCAAGGAUCUUCCACGUGAGGAGAUCUCCAGCGACCUGGACAGCGAUGAUCAGCAGGUUGUCAACCGAAUGAUUCAAAUGAUAACUGCUCGUUUAUCGACCGUCCGCAAAAAGAUGGCCAUGAUUGCAGAGGCAUCGAGAUCGCAGCAGGCGGCGCAGCUUCCUGGGCGCAAGCGCAGCGGUGACGUGACGUUGCGUAGCGUGCCGUCGCACGCCUCAUAA